GAGGGUUGACUUCGCUACACAAGAGCGCACGUGAAAACACGAUCAUGUUGCAGCGGCGACUGUUUCCCAUAAUUCUCCAACAGUUUUAUCCAGGACAGCAAGAAACCUGUCUGCUAUCAGGGAUCCCCCGCGCGCUGCAACAUGGACACAGAUAUGCUUGGAACAGGAGCAAAGCAACAGCAGCUUUUCCAGAUGUGAGGGAGCGGACUCUCAUAGCUGUAAAGCCAGACGGGGUUCAGCGCCGUCUUGUUGGACAAAUCAUUCAGCGGUUUGAGCAACGGGGCUUCAAACUGGUCGGUCUGAGGAUGUUGCAGGCAUCUGAAGAUCUCCUGUCUGAGCACUAUUGUGAACUGAGGAAAAAGUCUUUCUAUCACAGCCUGGUGCGCUAUAUGACCUCAGGACCUGUUGUUGUCAUGGUAUGGGAAGGUCAUAACGUUGUCCAGACAUCCCGAACAAUGGUGGGACACACCAAUCCAGCUGAGGCCCUGGCAGGCACCGUCAGAGGAGAUUUCAGCCUGCAUGUCAGCAGGAAUGUGGUCCAUGCCAGUGACUCAGUGGAAGGGGCUCAAAGGGAGAUCCAGCUGUGGUUCAAAGCACAAGAGCUCAUGGACUGGGACUGCUGUGACAAAUCUAGCACCAGUGAGAAGUGAAGAUGCUAAUGGGCGAAGAGUUAGUAGCUCUACCUCUUCUACUGCUGCUCAAGGGUCUGUCUCCUCUGACCACACUGAUUGAUGGAGAUAAGCCAUAUUCCGGUUUCCAUCAAAAUAAUUUACCUCAGAAAAUGCACUUAAUAUCAAAAGAUUUUUUCAGGAAAGGCCUGAACUACAAGCAUCUCAUUGAUGUUUCUGAAAUACUCUAUUUGACUAAUGGUUAACAAACUUAGGUUAGAAGUUACUUAAAGGCAGUACCGUCUAACUUAAAGGCAUGCUGUGCAGAAUAUUAAUUUAAA